UGAACAGAAGGCAACAACGUCACAUCUCAUUUCAGCAGCAUCGGGCACGCGCCAUGAUAAUUAAAGACGCAACUGCGCUUUGACGUCACCUGCCACUGGUGAUGGGUGGUGUGCAUAUGGUGGUGUGCCUGCUUCACAUCGAUUUCCGGAUGGAUGUUCCAAUUUAAUAUGUGACAAGAAGGAUGUCAGUUUUGAUAUUUUGCUUUUAUGUUUACAUGUGAAAUAUCUACGCACGUUAUUUGUCGUCGCAACCGCGCGCCUUUCGUACAUUUGCGAUGGUGAAAAGGAAAAGCCAGGACGAUACGCAGGAGGACGGUGGACGCGGCAUCCCUUUCCCGAUACAGACGUUUCUGUGGCGACAGACCAGCGCCUUUUUGCGUCCGAAGUUGGGAAAGCAGUAUGAAGCAUCCUGUGUGUCGUUUGAACGUGUACUGGUGGAAAAUAAGCUCCACGGUCUCUCCCCUGCACUGACGGAGGCAAUUCAGAGCAUCCCCCGACAUGAGCUUCUGCAAGCUGCACUGCCCCAUGUUCUUCACUGCACAGCCAUCCUGCUGUCCAACAGGAACAAAUUGGGGCACCAGGAUAAGUUGGGUGUGGCUGAGACCAAGCUCUUACACACGCUCCACUGGAUGCUAUUAGAUGCCCCCCAGGAGUGCCCCUCGGGUAUGGGCUGUCAUGCUUUCCCAAAUCAAAGUGCCACCUUCUCGAGUGGCUCCACAGAGGACGAUGAGAAUAUACUUUUGAAACUGUACCAGCGCAGCAUGGCCAGUGUGGAGCUGUUCAUCUUCCUGUUUGCUCCACUUAUCAACCGGAUAAAGGAAUCAGAUUUAACUUUUCGAUUGGCCAGUGGUUUGGUCAUUUGGCAGCCAAUGUGGGAGCACCGCCAGCCUGAUGUGCCAGUUUUCUCAACUUUCAUCAAGCCUGUCCGCAACAUUGUAACUGCCAAAAGAACAUCUGCAGGUGUCAAGCAAUGUCCGUCAAGUGAUAGUAACUCUAGGAGCAUGGGUAUUCAGGUGGUCUGUGAGACAAGCAAAUGUAACACUUCUCCAUCAACUGGGGGUCAGGGUUGUCAUCGAGGGAACUCGAUGGAGAGUGGCGUACCAUCACAGCAUGCUUCUCAGAAGAGCUUUUCUGCCCCUGAUGGACCACCAGCAGUAUCAGAGAGGGCGAGGUAUGCCACAUUUUUUGAUGUGGCAGUACUGCGUUGCCUCCUGCAGCCUCACUGGGUGGAGGAAGGCGUUUAUUGGGCGCUCAUGUAUUACCUCCAACGACUCAGGCACAUACUAGAGGAAAAAUCUCACAGGCAACCAGAGCAGCCAAACGUAGCACUGCCACGCCCACGAAGUUCAUCUAUGGUGGCUGCAGCACCUUCAUUGGUCAACACUCACAAGACACAGGACAUGCUGAAGUGUAAUGAAGAGGAGAAGUCCCCUAGCUCAGAGCCUUUCGCAAAAGUGUCCCUUACAAACCUCAGGAGGGCAGCUGUCCCUGAUCUUUCCUCGGACCUGGGCAUCAACAUCUUCAAGAAGUUCAAAAAUCGACGUGAGGAUCGUGAACGCAAAGGCUCAAUUCCGUUUCACAUUGGAGGGGCUAAGAAGCGUCAGCGGCGCAUGGGUGUACCUUGCCUGGUACACGAGGACCAUCUUGACGUCUCUCCAACCAGAAGUAACUUCUCAUUCUCUAGUUUAAGUGGCUUGGCAGAUGACCGCCGAUCUCUUGACCGUGGGGGAUGGCAGGCUACAAUAAUGGGGAAGUUCACCCGGCGUAGCAGCACAGACAUGGCAACAGACAUUGACAGUCUGCCUGUGAAACAUACUCAUUCACAUCAGAAUCUGCCAGAGCAGACUAACAGUCAUGUGGAGAACACUAUCAAAGAGGGUGUGCAAUCCCAGAUCUCCACAAUCACCAUGGCAACAUUUAACACCACCGUGGCUUCGUUUAAUGUUGGCUAUGCUGACUUCUUCACGGAGCACAUGAAGAAGCUUUGCAGCCCAGUGCCCAUACCUGAGAUUCCCAGCGAACCCCUCGCCUGUGCCAACCUGCCGCGCUCGCUAACCGACUCGUGCAUCAACUAUUCUUCACUCGAAGAGGGGGACAUCAUUGAAGGAACCAACAACUUUAUUCUGAAGAAUGGCAUGCUGGAUCUCACUGCGGUGUUGCGUGCACUGUAUGCAGUGUUCAAUCAUGACAUCAGCUCUCGGGUGUGCGACGCCGCACUCAGCAUAAUUGAGUGUUUGCUACAGCUUGGCAUCCCUGGCAAAGACAAAGGCCUCUCGGGCUCUGAGAACAAGGAAAAUUCUGAAACACGAUCCAGAGACGGAACCAAUGUUAGGAACUCAGCAGGUGGGAUGACAAACCUUGGAGUGGGAGUAGAUGGAGGUGGCGAUGGAGAUGGGGGUGGAGGAGAUGGCCGAGACAGUGGCCUAAAAGAUGACAGACACAAGGAGGAGAGUUCAUCUCUCAGCCCUCACAGGUUGGCGCUGGCUAUGCUCAUCAAGAUAGUGAAGUCCCUCGGUUGUGCAUACGGCUGUGGAGAGGGUCAUCGGGGGCUGUCUGGUGAUCGCCUACGCAUGCAGGCUCAAAGUUGCCUGACCACACUGUACAAGAUGGACAAGUUGCAGUUCCGACAGACAAUGAGGGAGUAUGUCAACAAGGAUUCACUCAACAAUGUUGUUGACUUUCUUCAUGCUCUUCUUGGCUUUUGCAUGGAGCCCAUCACUGACAAGCACGGCCUUGCAGGUGAUCGUUUCCAUCGGGAGCAUAAGAGAACGCUCGACAAGGCAGGGUUUGGGAAUAACUUCACCACAGGAGGGGAUCGGUCUGUGGCCCAAAGCAUGGAGUCAGUGGUGGUGGGAUGCAUGUUUAAAUCCCUCAUCACACGCUGCGCUUCCACCACCCAUGAACUCCACAGCCCAGAGAAUCUGGGUCUUUACUGUGACAUUCGGCAACUAGUGCAGUUCAUAAAAGAGUCGCAUGGGAAUGUGUUUCGGCGUGUCGCCUUGAGCGCCCUUCUGGACAGCACAGAGAAGCUCAGCGGUCAACGCAAACCUGAGGAAAAAGAGGGUGCCGGCAAACCACCUGCACGCAGAUCAGAGGCGGGGCCACUGGGGGAGAAGUCACAUCAAUCUUCUGCUGCUAUUGAUGAGUGUCGCAGCUGCAUCUCCAGUCGACCCCCUCAAACACCAGAACACGAAGAGCAGAUUCCAGGUGCUCUACUUGGCAAGAAGGAUUUCUGGAGGAAGAUGUUCAAGUCCCAGAGUGCAGCCAGUGACACCAGCAGCCAGUCAGAGCAGGACACGUCAGAGUGCACGACCGCCCACAGCGGUACCACCAGUGAGCGGCGCUCGCGCUCACGAUCACGCCGUAUCUCUCUUCGCAAGAAGCUCAAGCUACCAAUUGGUAAUUGGCUGAAACGAUCCUCCCUGUCUGGUUUGACGGAUGGUGUAGAGGACUUGUUAGACAUCAGUUCAGUGGAUCGCCUGUCUUUCAUUCGACAAAGUUCAAAGGUGAAGUUCACAAGCGCCGUGAAAUUGUCUGAAGGGGGCGCUAUGGAGUUUAGUAGCCAUGAUGAAGAGGCAACAUUUUUCAAGCGGCUCGGUAGGUGGCGCUCAGGCCGGAGGAGUCAUUCCAAAGUUCACCACCCAGAGGAUAAGGAUGGAUGCCAUAGCUUCCAGGAACGUCUGGUUGCCAGUCAAGAGGCUCUGAAGAACCGAAAUAUUGUGAACCUGGGUGCUAUACGGCAAGGGAUGAAGAGAUUCCAGUUUCUCCUCAAUUGUUGUGAGCCUGGUACCAUUCCGGAUGCCUCAAUACUAGCAGCUGCUCUUGAUCUGGAAGCUCCGGUUGUUGCAAGAGCUUCACUCUUUCUGGAAUGUGCAAGAUUUGUGCAUCGCUGCAAUCGUGGCAACUGGCCCGAGUGGAUGAAGGGCCACCAUGUGAAUAUUACCAAGCGAGGGUUGUCACGCGGACGAUCACCAGUUGUUGGAAACAAACGGAAUCAAAAACUGCAGUGGAAUGCUGCCAAGCAUUUCUACCAAUGGGGCGAUGCUAUUGGGACACGCUUAAGUGAACUGUGCCACUCAGACAGCGAAAGUCCAGCAAAUAUCCUUGGUUUCAUCUUUGAUGAAGAGACCAAGCGGAAGAUGAGGAAAGAGGAUGAGGAGGAAGAUUACUUAGAUGACAACACUGUGAAUCCUACCAAAUGUGGUUGCCCUUUUGCUCUGAAGAUGGCUGCAUGUCAGCUGCUGUUGGAGAUCACCACCUUCCUCCGAGAAACCUUUCCUUGCCUACCUCGACCACGCACCGAACCACUGCUCGACCUGGACAGCUGUCGUCUACGAUUGGACCCAGAACUGGGACGUCACCGAUAUGAGCGUAAAAUUAGUUUUGCUGGUAUAUUGGAUGAUGAGGAUGGACAUGAUUCUCUGAACAGCAGCAGCCAUACACUUAAGUCAGACACAGCCUUUGAUGAGAAGAGAAAUCAAGAAAGUAUUGCUCCAAACAGAAAAAUUAGAAUAGGGGGAUCUCGGCUGCUGCAGAUCAAAGGAGCGCGUAGUUUCAGAGUAAAAAAAGGAGGAUCGUUUUCUUCAAUCAAGCGGGCAGGAAGCCUGAAGAGCACCAAGAUGUCUCGACAGGAUUCUGAGUCUGAGAAUGAGGAAGGUCUUCUGUCUCAGAGCAGAGACACCGUCACAGAUAUUGGAAGCCCAUGUAGCACAAGUGAACCAAGUAUUGAACCAGAAGGACAAAGUACCGGAGGAGGAGAGGAGAAUUACCAUCGCAACAUGUCGUGGAUACACGUCAUGAUACUGCUGUGUAAUCAGCAGAGUUUCAUCUGUACACAUCAAGAUUUCUGUCACCCUCGCUGCUACCUGCAUCACAGUCGGUCCUGUGCUCGGUUGGUGAGAGCCAUUAAGCUGUUGUAUGGGGAAACGGUGGACAGUUUAAGAGAUUCUGCGGCAUUGAACAUUGGCACACGGGCAAAAAAGAACAAAGAGUGCUCUGAUAAGUCCUGUCUGAGGACUCCCUCUAUGAAGAGACGGGCCACAGACAGUCACACCGAAGGGAAGAAGGACAUUGGAAUGCUCAAGUAUAUCAGAAAUCAGGUGAUGAGUCUGUCUCCAGCACCCCUGUCCUUGCUCAUAAAAGCAGCACCAAUUCUCACAGAGGACAUGUAUGGAGACAUCCAGCCUGCUGCCUGGGAGCUUCUCUUAAGUACGGACGAACACAUGGCUGCUGCCGCAGCUGCGAUGUUUCUUCUGUGUGCAGUGAAAGUCCCGGAUGCCGUGUCAGAUAUGAUGUUUGCAGAGUUCCAGCAUCAGGAGCCAGCUCAGCGCAUCAGUUCCGUCUUGAAAUUCUACACACUCUGGCGCUUCCGCUAUCAUGUCUGGCCACGCAUGGAGGAAGGCGCACAACAAAUCUUUAAGAUUCCACCUCCCAGCAUCAACUUUACGCUGCCUUCUCCCAUCUUGGGCAUGCCAUGUGUGCCGAUGUUUGAUCCUCCUUGGAUACCUCAGAACACAGGAAGCGUUCAAGACCCAAUUAAUGAAGACCAGUCGAAGUCCUUCUCGGCACGUGCCGUUUCGAGAUCUCAUCAGCGGGCAGAGCACAUUCUCAAGAACUUGCAGCAGGAAGAGGAGAGGAGGAGGUUGGGCCGCGAGGCUUCCAUAAUCACAGCCAUUCCCAUCUCCCAUGAAGCAUGCUAUGAGCCCACCUGCAGCCCCCCACCUGAGCAGGAGGAGGAUGAGGAUGUGGUAAAUUUGGCAUCCCGUCGUCUUUCAGUGAGUCCCUCGUGUGCCUCCUCGAACUCGCACCGGAACUACUCCUUCCGCCGGGGCUCUCUUUGGAGUGUACGCUCCGCUGUCAGCACUGAAGAUGAGGACAACACCACAGAACACACUCCCACUCAUCAUGUUGUGCAGCCGCCCCAAGCGGUUUUCCCAGCAUGCAUUUGUGCAGCAGUUUUGCCGAUUGUACACUUAAUGGAGGAUGGGGAGGUUCAAGAAGAUGGAGUUGCAGUGAGUGCUGUUGCACAGCAGGUGUUGUGGAACUGUCUUAUUGAAGACCCUGCUCUAGUGCUGCGACAUUUCCUAGAGAAGCUCACUGUUAGUAACAGACAGGAUGAGCUGAUAUACAUGCUUAGAAAGCUUCUACUCAAUAUUGGGGACAUGCCUGCUCAGACAUCACAUAUUCUCUUCAAUUACCUGGUGGGCUUGAUCAUGUAUUUUGUGCGAACGCCAUGCGAGUGGGGCAUGGACGCCAUCUCGGCCACUCUGACGUUCCUGUGGGAGGUGGUGGGUUAUGUGGAGGGCUUGUUCUUCAAGGAUCUCAAGCAAACCAUGAAAAAGGAGCAGUGUGAAGUCAAGUUGCUGGUUACCGCCUCCAUGCCAGGAACCAAGACUUUGGUGGUACAUGGCCAGAAUGAGUGUGACAUCCCCACACAGUUGCCCGUCCAUGAGGACACACAAUUUGAAGCUCUUCUUAAGGAGUGUUUGGAGUUCUUUAAUAUUCCAGAGGCUCGAUCUGCACAGUACUUCCUCAUGGACAAGCGUUGGAACCUCAUUCAUUAUGCCAAGACGUAUGUGAGAGAUAUUUACCCCUUCAGAAGAUCUGUUUCUCCUCAACUCAACCUUGUACACAUGUUGCCUGAGGAAGGUCAAGAACUCAUUCAGAAGCAGGUGUUCACUAGGAAGUUGGAAGAGGUUGGACGGGUUCUGUUCCUCAUCUCUUUAACGCAGCACAUGCCAGCCUCUCAUAAGCAGUCACAUGUUUCUCUGCUCCAAGAGGAUUUGCUGCGUCUUCCUUCGUUUCCCAGAAGUGCAAUCAAUGCUGAAUUUUCACUUUUCAACGAGUCGCAAGGAAAAGAGCUAUUUGGCUUGGACACCCUUCACAAAAUGUUGUGGAUUAAACUACUGGAGGAGAUGUUCUUGGGCAUGCCCAGUGAGCACCCGUGGGGAGAUGAGAUGAUGCUGUUCUUGAACGUGUUGAAUGGCGCACUGCUUUUACACCCAGAAGACAGUGCCCUCCUCAGACAGUACACAGCUACUGCCAUCAACACAGCGGUGCAUUUUAACCACCUGUUUUCCCUCAGUGGAUACCAGUGGAUUUUGCCGACAAUUUUGCAGGUGUACUCCGAUUAUGAAAACAACCCACUGUUAAGUAAAGGAAUUGAGUUCUGUUGCAGACAGUUCUACAUCCUCCAUCGCAAGCCUUUUGUCUUACAGCUGUUUGCCAGUGUUGCACCGCUGUUGGAGUUCAAUAUCAGCAGCAGCAGUGGCUUAUCCAAAGGUGUCUCAGCCCAGUGUCUCUUUGAUCUACUGCUGUCUCUGGAGGGUGAAACUGACGAUGCUCUUGAUGUUCUUGAGCUUGUGAAGGCAGAAAAGCCGUUACGGUCGCUAGACUUUUGCUAUGGCAAUGAGGAUUUGGCCUUCUCCAUUAGUGACUCCAUCAAACUUUGUGUGACAGUUGUUGCAUAUGCACCAGAGUCCUUCAGGAGUCUACAGAUGCUGAUGGUUCUGGAGGCAUUGGUCCCAUGCUAUUUGCAAAAACUGAAGAAGACGACGGUGGCUCUAGAAUCUGCGUGCGCAGCCAGGGAUGAAAUUGCUGCAAUAGCAGCUCUGGCCACGUCACUACAGGCCUUGCUCUACAGUGUUGAGGCUUUGACAAGGCCAAUGACAGCACCACAGAUGAGUCGUUGUGAUCAAGGCCAUAAAGGGGGAACUGCUGCAAACCACACUAUGUCUGGGGGACCUGGAGGACGUGACGACUUGAAUCUGCUUGAGGAGGGCCAAGGUGUUCCCCGCGAGGAGAUGGAUGAGAGAAUUGCCCGAGAGGAGUUUAGGCGCCCACGGGAGUCUUUGCUCAACAUCUGCACCGAGUUCUACAAGCACAGCGUGCCCAGGCUCAAGAUCUUGCAAAACGUGGCAGGAGAGCCACGCGUCACGGCUCUGGAACUUCUGGACAUCAAAUCGCAUAUGAGGUUGGCCGAGAUCGCCCACUCCUUGUUGAAGCUGGCUCCGUAUGACACCCUGACGAUGGAGAGUCGUGGGCUACGACGCUACAUCAUGGAAAUGUUGCCCAUUACCGAUUGGUCAGCUGAAGCAGUCCGCCCAGCACUUAUCCUCAUUUUAAAGCGCCUGGACCGUAUGUUCAACAAGAUCCACAAAAUGCCAACCCUCAGACGACAGGUGGAAUGGGAGGCAGCCAGUAGUCUGAUUGAAGGGAUCUGUCUGACAUUACAGCGCCAGCCCAUCAUCUCCUUUCUGCCUCACCUGCGUUCUCUCAUUAAUGUUUGCGUCAACCUGGUGAUGGGUGUUGUAGGUCCAUCUAGUGUGGCUGAUGGCUUGCCUCUUCUUCACCUGAGUCCCUACCUUUCUCCACCACUCCCUUUCAGUACUGCAGUGGUGCGGCUUGUAGCUCUUCAAAUACAGGCUCUGAAGGAUGACUUCCCCCUAAACCAUGUAAUAUCCCCUUUCACCAAUCAAGAACGAAGGGAAAGUAUGCUGCUUAACCUACUAAUCCCAUUUGUUCUCACAGUGGGAUCAGGGAGUAAAGACAGUCCCCAUUUGGAGCAGCCAGAGGUUUUACUUCUGCUUCAGACAGUGUUAAACAUCCUUCUUCCGCCCCGUAUCAUCAACACUUCGCGCAGCAAGAGCUUCAUGCUGGAUAACUCUCCUGCCCACUGUUCCACUCCGGGGGAUACCGGCAAGGACUUACGCAGGGAGGGAUUGACGGAGUCGACUGGUCAGGCUGCCUAUUUAGCUCUUAAGGUGGUGUUGGUGUGUUUUGAGAGACAGCUGGGCAGCCAAUGGUACCAGCUUAGUCUACAGGUGAAGGAGAUGGCUCUGAGAAAGGUUGGGGGGAUGGCAUUCUGGGAUUUUAUUGAUUUCAUUGUACGCACGCGAAUCCCCAUCUUCAUCCUGCUGCGACCCUUUAUCCAGUGUAAGCUUCUUACACAGCCAGCGGAGUCGCAGGAGGAGAUCACAGCACGGCACCACAUUGCCGAUCAGCUGGAGCGUCGCUUCAUCCCAAGGCCACUCUGCAAGAGUUCUCUGUUUGCCGAGUUUAGCAACGAGCUUAAGAUUUUGAAGGAGGCAGUGCAUAGUGGCUCAGCCUAUCAGGGGAAGACUUCCAUCAGUACAGUGGGGACAUCCACAUCAGCAUACCGUUUGAGUCUGGCUACCAUGUCCCGGUCCAACACAGGAACUGGCACAGUUUGGGAACAAGACAGUCAGCCGUCACGCCAACCAUCCCAAGACACGCUCAGCCGCACUGACGAGGAAGAAGAAGAGAAUGACUCCAUGAGCAUCCCCAGUGUGGUGAGUGAGCACGAGACGUUCAUUCCAAGUGCCAUAACUCAUCGCCGCUUCUCCAGCCACACGACGGGGGCCACUCAGCCUGAACUGAUCAGCAGUACAAUGCUUCCAAGCCACAGGGUGGCAAGCGUGCAAAGUGAGCCUGGUCAGCAGAACGUGCUCAUCCACCCACCACUCGGUAGAAAACGUGGUUUGCGACAGUUACGACGGCCCCUGUUGUCCAUACACAAGCUACCAUCUGAAUCUCGGGGUCGCAGCGGAGCCAGACUCUCAACCACACGGAGGAGCAUCCAACCCAAAAACAGACAGAUAGUUUAUGGGGAACAGCAGAAGCGUUCAGUCACCUUCACAGAGACACAACCUGAGACCACUUGUAAAUCUCCUCCCGAGAUCAGAACGACAAGUCCCCCUGCGUCCCCUCCUGGUGCCACUGUGAAGCCAGACUUGGAAAGUCUGUGUUGCCCUGAGACUUUGCCAGGAGCAAAGAGUUAUAAGGGAAAAGAAACGUAUACCGCUAGCAGUCGGCUGUCACCACCUACGAACACCUUCACGCCGCCGUCUUCGUCUCUCACCACGUGCCCCUCACCACGCCCCUCUAGCCCUGCUGUGACUCCCUCCUGUUCCCCUCUGGCACACUCUUUAUCUCACGUACCCUCUCAGAUCAGGCCAAACCCAGAGAAGGAAGAAACAGCCAUGCUACUGCAAUAUGAGCUUGGGGCAGAACAAACUCUUCUCAAGCCCAAUUUGCCAAAGCCUCCAGGCUCUGGUUCCUCUCUUUUCACACUGUCACCUGUAGACCUUGAUCUUGAUGAGUCACACGUCUGAGACACGUUGGAGAGUUUUACAAAUACGCACAGAAUUUGACACAUUUCCAAUUGCUUAGUCUAAGAUAAAGAUGAGAUGACAUGAGAUGCAGUAUAUUUAUAUGUAUAUAUCACAUACACCAAAGCCUACAACUAUAGUGAAAUGACAAACUCUGUUUAAGUAAACUGUGUAGAAGGAACUCCUUUUGUAUAACAGGCAUGGUACCUACAGGAGUAAGGGUGUAAUAUUUGAGGAAAUCUAAUCUAAAUCAAAAGUAAUCUAAAUUAAAACUAAAUGUGUCUUGUAUUUGAUAUCAAAUUUUAACAUAAAUCAUCAAGAUUCAAUGAAUUGAAUUAGUUGAUUUGAAUUAGUUUUGGCACAUUCCUAACAUCAAAUACAUAUUGGACCGCAGCAGAGCACAUAAAUAUGGACAAACAACAAUGGGUACAGAGACAGACAGUAAACAGUAGGCCUAGUAGUUAUUGGACAAUAGACAAUGAUGGUCAGUAAAGAAAUCACAUAAUAAAUAGCACAAUAAGGUGCAUGUUGAAGUGUUACCAAAGUGCAUACAGAAUACUACGUUCAGUGUAUGGCAAAAGUUAAAGCAUGGAACGUAGUAAGUGCCCACAUGCACAGUAAAAUAUGAAGACGUCACACAUUGCAAGUGUGGUUAAUCUUUAGGGAAGUGAUUUACUGUAAAUGAGGACAUAAGCAAUGACUGCCUGACAAUUUUAAAGCAGCUGUCUAUAGUUGCAUAGGAGACAGGGAGAUUGACAAUGAAAGGGCAAGGUUUUUGGACACUACUUUUUGUGAUGGGAACCUUUGGUGGCAAAAUAUACAAAAUAUACAUUGCAUUUAGCAGUAAUGGAAUCGCAAAUUUACUUUUGCUCAGUGUUGUUUUUGCUCACUUAGUGACAUGUACAGUUCAAAGACUUUUUUUGCUUAGGCGGCACAACUACAGUACAUCUAAUGCCCAUACAUUAUUUAGUAAUUGGUGGUUGAUAUACUGCAAUGACAAUGCUUGUUAGAAGGUCCACUAUAAACAUACAAACAAAAUCCAUACAAUAGUGCCACUGGCUGCUGUUGCGCUGCCCCGACGUGUGCUACUGCUGAAAUGUCACUGACCUGUACAUCAAAUGAAUGUGACCUGACCAUUCAGAUUGAAGUCACGUGUGAAAACAUUGGAUAUGUAUCAGAAUUAGUACCUCAUAUCGAAACGACCUGGGUGGCAUAAAUGGAUCUGUGGCGUUUAGACUGUCAAGAUCUGAUUCAGGUCACUCAUUGGGUUACUUCAGGGUGUAGCUCAAGCAUAAUAUUUGAUACGCCUGAAAUGGGUGACUAUGUCACCAAAAGUGUGUCACAUGAACCAAAAAUCUUGUGGGAGCAAGAUUAUUACACACAAAUUUCACAGAGCAUCAGUUGCUUAACAUCUUGCAACCUAAAGUUGUUUUGGAUAAAAGUGUCAGCUAAGUGUAAUGUAUGCCAUUAUCUUUGCAAAUACAGUGGUAUGAGAAAGUUUGGGCACCCUUUUGAAAAAGUAAUUACAUUUGUUAAUCUCUUGUUGAGCUUAAGUAGCAGACUGUAGGGAAAGAGAAACAUUUCAGUUGUGAAAACAUUUAAUAGGUGUAACAGAAACACUUGUAUAUGCAUAAAUAUGGGCACCCCAAAGAGGGUAUAGCAUUAAUGUUAAGUAGAGCUCACCUUUGCAGCACAAACUUGUUUUAAUGACUUUGUAAGCCCUUCAGUAACGAAGACAGAUAUGGUUGGCCAUAAAAAUAUUAUAAUAUUUAUCAAACAUAAUAGCAGACUAGCCUUGUCCUAAGUUCUGUCUUGGAUACUGGCAAAUAAGAUGUAUAAUUUGUACAAAAAGCACAUCUGGACAAGCAAAAAGCAUUUUGGGAAAUCAUAUGUGGUCAGAUAAAACUGAGCAAUGUGAGGUCGGCAUGGCAAAAAAUGCACGAAUGCAUAAAUUAUAUGAAAUAUGGCCUAAAGCACACCCUGCUAUGGGUCUGUGUGGUUAGCAUACAUACUAUAAUACAUAUUAAAGUUGAGGGCCUCACUUUUUUUUCUCCAAAUAGCAGAUUUUUCAAUUGAAUGCUCAAGUGUCAGUCACAAAGUUAAAGCUGACCAGAGUUUUGAGUUUCCAGCAGGACAGUGAUUGCACUGCACCAAAAUUCAACAAGAAGUUAAAGCAAAAGUACAAUGUCUUGAAAUGGUCAUACCAAUCUUGAGAUAUUACCACCAUUGAAAAUGUAUGAAUUUAUUAUGAUCAGGCUGUUUAUAGAAGACAGAUAAAUAACCUGGCUGAAUUAGAGGUGUUCUUGAUAGAAUAAUUGGCAACUACUCAGUAGUGCCAGACUGUUGGGACAUGGCCGCUUAUAUAGCAAUUAUCCACAGGCCAUUAGAUCAGUUAAGGUGAGCUCUACUUCAUAUUAUUGGUUUACCUUCUUUGGGGUGCCCAUACAUGUACUUAUGCACAAGCCUAUUUUUGUUUAAAUCCACACAAAAUAGUUUCUGUUACACCUAUUAAAAUAAUUUAUACAAAACCAUAGGGAAAGAAACAUUUCAGUUGUGAAAUUAAGUUGCUGCUUCAAAACCUCAACAAUAGAUAAACUGCUGUAUUGAUUUUCCAAAAGGGCACCCAAACUUUCUAAUAGCACUGUGAAUAUGUACUUGACAUAGAGUAGCAAGGCUAUCAUGAGAAAGUCACUAGUUAUGGUUUCUCUCUCUCUCUCCUCAUGCAAAAAUGGUUAAGCGGAUUAUUAGGACAUAUAAUAUCCAGGUGUUUUGGUUGUAAAUUAUAGGGGAAAAUCUUGCUUUCCAGUGCUCCUAGUAAUUUCUGUAUGUUGAAAUUAUGACCUCGGCCAAACUAUGUUUUAGAAUUGAUAUGUGUAAAUUGUGUUUUUGUCAUUACUCUCUGUGUUGAAUGAAAUGAAUAUACCAAGCCAUUUGUUUCAAAAAUAGUUAAUGUAAUAGUUCAAUAAACAUCCUUGUA